CAAGGCGAGCUGUGGAAGGUCCAGUUUGUCUGUCUGCUAGAGUCAAUAGGGGAGAGUCAACAGGCUGAAGUCCGACUUUGUCCUUCAAACAUGCAGAAGCUCCUGACAUUAGCACUGCUGCUGUGCGCUUCGCUGCUCCACUCUGAAGCUGCCUGCUUCUUCAAAACCCUUAAACCAGGUGAUACACACUGCCAGGACCCCACAGACAAAACCUGGCAUGCUGUAGGGUCAUCUUGGAGGAACUCAGAAUGUUUGGACUGCACGUGCUUUCAGUGCUGCCAGGCGUAUAUGACACCCAUUGGCCUUCCAGAUGACUGCGAGAAGGAGUUUGACAAGAUAAACUGCAAAUACAACGUGUUUAAAAAGAAUGACCCUAAUCAGUCAUGUCCAUACGCAUAUGCAGUGGGGAAGUGAUAAUUCUGCCUUUAUGUCAGUUGUCAAUAGUAAUCACUGAUUAAAAGGUCUUUAAUAAACAUUUUAUUGUUAUACAGUAAA